CCAAGACGUAGGUAUGGGAGCCUAGGGUCCUCCAUGGUCAGGUGAAGAAGGCACAAGUCAGUCCAGCUGGGGGUUGUUAUAAGUGUAGUGACAUUUCUAGCCAAAGAAUGAUAGAGCUUGGAGACAAAUAGAACAUAGGAGUUGGGGGUGUCCUUUUGGAAGGAGCUUUCUGAUUAGGUCACUACUAAGGCGGAUGGCAGAAAGCCAUGUCACAAUGGCCUGAACGGGGACUCGACGGGAGGGGCUACUGCUUGGCGGCCAGUUUCAGUGACACCCUGCAUUUCUCGGUUCAAGUCCACUUAGGACAGUGGUGACUCAUGAGGGUUGGAUAUGAAGAAAACUGGAAUUCUGAAAGUUCCUCGCAAGGAGAGCUCUGAUUCAGAUCUUCUCGGAACUUUUCAAAGCGCGAACCAGUCGAUCGACCUAGAAGCACAGGGCACCAAAAAGCAGCGGGUGUCCCAGCCGUUCUGGAACUUCACCCAUGAAGCGCUGGUUAACUACUCCUUUGGGACACGUCAACAGAGGAAGCUCUUUCCUCACGCUUAUCCCCCCAACUUUCUGGGGAACAAGUUUCUCCCUCUUAGGGGAGCACCCCACAGAGGGCCUGGAUGUUACACUACAGAAAACAGGUAUGACUGGGUAUACAACCUCUCUAAGAUCCCGACCAGCAGAAAAGGAUAUUCUUUGGGAGCCAGAACAGCCGCGAGGUUUAAGCCGAUCAACAAGGAUGUGACACCUCACCCAGGCACGUACCAGACAGUGAGUCUUCAGGAGCAAAACGUCAAACAAAAUUUUGCUCCAUUUAAUGUCAUGGUGCCUCGAUUUGGGACAUAUUCAAGGGACAAGUAUCGUCCUGGCCCUGGCACGUACAACCCGGAGAUAAGGCCACCCCCCAAAGUCACCUGGCCAAUGAAAUUUGGAUCUCCAGACUGGGCCCAGGUUCCAUGCCUGCAGAAAAGAACCCUCAAAGCAGAGCUGCCCACGGACAAGGACUUCAGAAGACAUCGGAACCGCUUGGCCUACUUGCGCCUGUUUUACAAUUGAGGAGCUGGGACUUCCUUCGCGAGCUGCUCCUGACCGCAGAGUCUCCCGGAUGGAGGACGGAGCUGCUGCUCCGGCUCUGCGUAGCUGCGGUCGGUCCCCUCGUCCGCCGCAGGGGGCCCGGGAGAGGCAGGGGGCUCUUAACUCCACGUGAGAGCAUAAAGACCGGUUCAGAACGUUC